AAAAGACAUAUUCUGCGAUCCAUCUCCUUGUCUCUCACCUUCACAAAGUGUUGCAAAUCUGUGUAAAAUCCUAGUUUAUAAUGUCUGCUGCCUCAAAAACUGGAGUUGCCAUCCUGGACCCCAGUGUCGCCCGAAAAGAAGCCCAUGUACCAUCUCUAGAGACGCUUGGCCCAUUGGCACCUACCGUCAAAGCAGUGUAUUCGCGGUCUGAGAAGAGCGCUCGUGAAUUGGCAGACGAAGUCACCAAAAGAUUAAACACCAAACCCGGCGUCUAUCAUGAUAGCGAUCCAGCAUCUAACCUCGACGCUCUUUUGGCUAGGGCCGAUAUCUCAUCUGUUAUAGUUGUCCUCCCCAUUACACAACAACCAUCAAUCAUCCUGAAAGCGUUAGCUGCCGGAAAGCAUGUGCUCAGUGAAAAGCCUGUUGCUCCUGAUGUUGCUUCCGGUGCGCGCUUGAUUGCAACUUACAACGCAGAGUACAAGCCCAAGGGUUUAGUUUGGAGAGUCGCGGAAAAUUUCGAAGCUGAGCCAGGAUAUAUCGCUGUUGGCAGAGCCAUUCGUGCUGGAAAGAUUGGAAAAGUGGUCUUCUUUAGCUUGCGGGUCGUCAACUACAUCGAUCAAGAAUCCAAAUGGUACAAAACGCCGUGGCGUACAAUCCCUGAUUACCAAGGGGGUUUCUUGCUGGAUGGUGGUGUGCAUUCCACAGCAUCACUCAGAGUCAUGCUGCCCAGCUCUUUGACUCACCUUUCGGGGUUUGCAUCGCUUAACAAGGAUUAUCUUGCUCCUCACGACACCAUCAACACCAUCCUCAAAGCUGCAGAUGGCUCUCAUGGAAUUUUCGAGCUGAGUUUUGCAGCGCCAUCCGCCUCGCGUUCAUCCAUAGGGAACGGAACCAUCAUUACUGGUACUGAUGGCUAUCUCACCGUUGCGCAAACGAAGGUGCAGGAUCCUGUGACAGGAGGAGACAAAUCCGUUUUCCGUGUUACCAUAAAAUCUGUGAAAACAGAAAACGGAAAAGCUGGGCCCGAGAAAGAAGAGGUUAUCGACGAAGCGGUCAGAGGUGUAGAACUCGAGUUAGCAAGCUUUUUCGCGGCAGCAUUGGAAGGCAAAGAUGACGGCCUUGGUGAUCCGUUAGGAGCUUUGAAGGAUGUGGCAUUGAUCCAGGCUGCGCUGAAUAGCGAAGGAAAACUUGUGGACCUAGAGAAUUUGGUCCAACAGUCCUAAAAAAUCAUGGCACUGCGAAAAAAUGAAUUUCAGAAAUCAGAAGUAUAGGAAACAUUGUAUAUUAGGUUGUACAUUUACGCACGUCAACAUCUUUAUUAUUGCGUCUUUGGUGCCUUGGAGUUUUUCAUUUCAAUUUAGGAGAGCUCAGUAUAGAGUUUCACAGGAUAAACAGAAAUGAAGGGUAUAUACUCGAGAGUUUUCAGCAGGGUCGAUUCACACGAUGCAUCACCACAACUGCGACCAGACAAUGCAAAGGGGGUAGCACUACACGGC